AUGGUUCAGCUCACACAGGCUUUUACCGCCGUCCUUUUGGCUACGGGUGUUGUCGCGCAUCCUGGCGGCAACACCAACAGGGAGAUCUUGAGGCGACAGGCUCAUUUAGAUCACCCGAAUCGUCGGAGUGUUCAAGCAUGUAAGCGGGAUCUCGUCGAGACUGGAUGGGUUCGUGAGCAGCACCAAAGACGUGAGGCCAGGCUUCACGAGCUUCGGGUCGCAGCUGGUUUCGCAAAGGAAAAUGAACUCGUCCGCCGCGACGUUGCUGAAGUUGAAGAAAGCUAUGGUGCUGAGGCAGCAUGCACGCUCGACCCCGAGGCUACUGAAGGCCCUUACUGGGUUACCGGUGAGCUUGUCCGCCAGGACAUCUUGACUGGAGAGAAGGGUGCUAUCACUCAUUUGGAUAUUAACAUCAUCGACACCUCGUCUUGCAAGCCUGUCACCGAUGCUUACGUCGAGAUGUGGGGAAGCAAUGCCACUGGUGUUUACACCGGUGUUCAGGCAAAGGGUAAUGGCGAUGGUUCUGCUACUGCUAUCGCAACCAAUGCUCUUCGGGGUGUGCAGCCCACUGGUGCUAACGGCACCGCCACCUUCAUCACCUUGAUCCCAGGGCACUAUGUUGGCCGCACAAAUCAUCUCCACACCAUCAUCCACCAUGGUGCUAAGCUCCUUGCGAACAACACCAUUCAGGGCGGUACCAUCUCGCACGUUGGCCAAUUCUAUAUCGAGCAGAACUUCAUGGGUCAAGUCGAGAAGACGUCUCCCUACAACACCAACAAGCAAGCCAUUACUACCAACGCAGCAGACCCGCUUUUCAACAUGGCUAAGCAAGGCGGCGAUGACCCAGUGAUGAAGAUUUCGCUCAUUGGCAAGACCAUCGAGGACGGCCUAUAUGCUACUAUCGAUGUCGGCGUCAACCCCAAGGCGAAGCAGAACCCUCAGCCGGUCAACAUGUGGACCGCGAACGGUGGCGUACCAGUCAAGGGGAGCCCAUGGGCGGGAUACCCCGACACUUGCUUGUACUGUGGAUUCAGGCCCCCAAAGGAGAAGAAGGACGUCCUCUCCGAGGAGUAA